AUGCGAUGGGGUGGGACAGGAUGGGGUGAGGUGAAGGAUGAGGUGGGAUGGUGGACAGAAUGGUGUGGAGGAUGGGAUGGGGGACAGCGGGACAGGGGGCUGCAUCUGCCUGCCCGGUACUGUCUGCUCCUUAACGCACCGUCCAGCCACAACCUCGAGAUGAAACACCUGCCCGGAGCUGACCCUGAACUUGUGCUCCUCAGCCACCGAUACGAGGAGCUGGAGAGAAUCCCCCUGAGCGACAUGACCCAGGAGGAGAUCAACCAGCUGGUGCAGGAGCUGGGCUUCUACCGCAAGGAGACGCCUGAUGCGCCUGUGCCUGAGGAGUUCCGGUUUGCCCCUGCCAGGCCUCUGCCCACCCUGCCGGCCCCCAAAGCUGUCACCACUGGUGGCAAGACCCAACCAAAACAUGAUGAGGGAGAACACCCAGACCUCUAGCAAGGGGUGCUGCACUUGGGAGAGGAUCUUGCAGCCAGUCCCCAGCAUGUGGGCAUAAGGGCAUUGCAGCAGCUGGGGAUGGUGCCACGAUGGAGUGGCAGAGGUGCACCCACUGUUGCUUGAUGCUGUGUAGCCAAUGCCCUGAGGAUGCCCUAAGCAGCUCCAGCCUUGACCAGGGGCUUCCUGGGCAUUGUGGACAUCCCAGGGGUCCUGUGUGACUGUUCCUGCCCUCCCGCCCCUGUAGCCCAGCAUCCCUGGCCAGUGGGGAGGAGCAGCAUUCUUCACGCUCCCUCACUGUGCCCCAAGGUUUAGCUGACUGCCAGCACUGGGCAGCGGCAUCCUACCUGCAUGGGACAGGAUGAAACCCUCAGCAGAAAGCCCCAGGUGCUGAGGGUAGAUGUGCUGAGUCCCAAAGGUGGGAGAGCUGCCCCCAGCAGAGGGAUGUGCCUGUUAAACCCCAGCAGGGUUGUCUUGUAUCCAGCCCCCAGUAAAGCCCUUGUGUCCAA